AUGGUCGCGUCCUGCCGAUCCAUGUUCGGAUCAUUGUCCUCUGAGGGUGUCUUCUCAUCGUCGACACUUCCCUUCAUUUCACCGAAAAUAGAAUGCAUUCCCUUUUCCUAUCAACUUCCUCCUCUUUUUGCUCAUGCGCCCCCGACACUGCGGUCGCAUUCUGCUUCAUUUCCUUAUAAGGAAAUGAAGGAGGAAUAUAUUCCUCCUCUCUCUUUUUUCAUUCAAGUUUUUCCUCCUCUUUACUGGAACCUAUGGCUCGGCCUUCCCUUCUCUCCGAUCAGUUCAACGAGUGUCCUCCUGCAAUAUGGGAGCGGUAGCUCUCUUCCCUCGAGAAACCCCCCUUUUUUAGCGAAGUCGCAUCCGCAAUACCUUGGGUUUCCAUUUGUUCAUCGCGCACGGCUAAGCGCAAAGCUAUAA